CGGGGCCUCGGCUACGCUCAUACGUGUAGACUACGGCGUAUCCCGACUUGAAUACUUGAAGGCUCGAAUUCUUAUUUCACUUCUUACCACAGUGUAAAUCUGCGUACGUGUCCGGCAUCGCGCGCGACCCCAAACCCGAAUCCAGGACCACUCACUUCCCUGCCAUCUAACAUGGAAAAUGCACUCAAGAAGUUCCCUGGUGGGCUUCCCACACUCGAGCAGAUUCGAGAGUCGAACAAAGGAUCAGAUCUUCCUCUGGAGACUGCUUGGAUUUGGGGCCCAGACGAUGAAAUUGGCCGAAUCAACCUUCUGACGCCAGAGCGAGUUCGAGAGGCCAAAACUAAAGAACUCCUAGACGGCGACGUUGUGUCACUGAACUGGCCCCUGAAUCUGCCCAAGAAGCCAUCCUUCGGCCGUCAAGCAGCCAAGCUCACUCUCAAACAGACGACGCCAGACACUGAGAUGAGCCAGGACGAUCUCAUCGACAUGAACACCCAGUCUGGUAGUCAAUGGGACGGCUUUCGCCACGUGGGACACCUGAAGAACAAGUUCUUCUACAACGGCCUCCAACCUUCCGACCUCAGGACUGACACCCGAUGUGGUAUCCAGGCCAUCUCCAACCACGGAAUCGUGGGGCGAGGCGUGUUGCUGGAUUACUAUAGCUGGAAGAAACAAAGAGGCGAGGAAUACGAUCCUUUCACCUCGCAUGAGAUACACUUGGACGAGCUCCUUCAGGUGGCCAGACAGCAACGUGUAACAUUCGAGCCUGGAGAUAUUCUCAUUAUUCGGAGUGGCUACAUCUCCAAGUAUCAUGAGAUUGAGCGCAGGAACCCGGCUAAGCUGGAGGAGCUCGGCAGUGCGUCCCCCAGGUUGGCCGGCGUGGCCCCAACGGAAGAGAUCAAGACCUGGCUGCACGACAGCUACUUCAGCGCGGUAGCCGGAGACGCUCCUGCGUGGGAGACGUGGCCCCCUGCCAAAGACUUCCUGCACCAGUACCUGCUCGCGCUGUGGGGAAUGCCGAUCGGUGAGAUGUUUGAUCUUGAGGCGCUGGCUGAACAGUGCAAGAGGAAGAAGCGAUGGUCUUUUUUCUUCAUGAGUACACCUCUCAAUAUACCCGGUGGAGUCUCGAGCUUAGCAAACGCUUUGGCUGUGCAAUAGCAGAGGACCCUUUCCCCCUUUGAUGAUAGGCACGAGGAGUUGAUGCAUGUUUGGGAGACAACUGCAAUCCUGGCCAGACCCAGUCACUAGCGUCGAAAAGAGUGC